CACCCAGCGCCGCGCCGCGCCCCCGCCUUGCGCCCGCGCACCCCUGCCGCACGCGCAGGAUCGUCGCCACCGUGUUUUUCUCAGCCUCAGAAUGUGAGAAGGUUCGCCCCUCCCUGUUCACCGACAAACUGCAGUGAGCACAUCAAUCUCCAGACCGCCAGGAAAUCAGGCCGCCGCGUCUCGUCAUCGUGUCGUGGCUGCAGUUGAUCUCAGGAAGAACCGAUCGCCUCCCGACGUCCCCUCCACCCCGAGCCCGAACUGCGCCGCUGCUGCCAUCCACGACCCCCUAGGUACCAGAUGGCGGACACCGAGGAUCCUGAAUCAAGUUCCGUUCCCCAAUUAUUAUUGAACGCCGUGGAUGCAAGCCCUCAGAGAGGAGAGAUGCAAGUGGAAUCGACCGUUGAGAGCAGCAGCGGUUACCUACGUGGACAAGUUGCAAACAGCAGUAGAUACAAUCUUCGUCAUCGCGACGUUGAUUCAGAAACACAGUUGAGGAGGAAACAACAAAAGAUGGAGAGGGAGAAAUGCAUUGAAAUGAAGCGCUUAAGGAAAGAGGAGAAAAGGAGAGAAGAUGAAGAACGUGUGAAAUGGGCCCUCAGGUCAAGAGCACUCCUAGAUGCACGAUCCAAAGCAUGGAAGGAAGAACAGAGGAAGCUAGACUUCGGCGGCAACAAACGCGAGAAGGAAACACUUACAUGGGAGAUCAUUAAUAAACCUCCAAAAGGUUCUGGAGAGUGGCUACCAUAUGAAUCGGAUGAUGAGUUUGGGACAGAAUUUGAGCUAAAGCACACAAGUUGGGAAGUUGAGAAGUUCACAUUAGAGCUUGCUCGAUGUAUGGUUGGGCUUGAGUCUUUUACAGGAGACACGAAGAUUUUCUCUUGCUCUGGCACAAUAGUUGAAUAUGUGGAUGAUACUGGGUAUGUAGUGACAUCUGCAAGCUUAGUAAGAUGUCCAGACAAAGAUGAGCAAGUUGAUAAACCUAAGAUCAAUGUAUGGUUAGCAAGUGGUCAAAAACUUGAGGGCUUUGUGUCAAAUGUAGACUUCUAUUACAAUAUUUGUGUGAUCAAGGUCCCUUGCACUUUUCACCUGCCAAGCAAAAGCUUCAGUCCAAACACGUGGUCCUUCAACUUUUAUGAAAACCAUACAAGAGAUGUUGUAGUUCUAGGCCGUAGUUGUGAGCCUUGCAGCUUAAAGGUUGCUUCAGGAAAGCUUAUUCCAAGGAGAAGCAAGUUUGACUGUGAAGAGCUAUUGGUUUCAUCUUGCAAAAUUUCAAAGAGAGGUGUUGGCGGUCCUUUGAUGGAUUUUGAUGGAAAUGUAAUUGGAAUGAAUUUCUAUGACAAGAAAGAAACUCCUUUUCUUCCAAGUUUCAUUGUGUUGAAGUGUUUGCAGCACUUCGAUAUCUUUGGUAAGGUGAUACGACCAUUGCAUGGGCUGCGAGUUAAAACUCUUUAUGAAGCAAACCUCAGUCUACUUGAAGAAAAGGUACAGAGCGGGAUCCCUGAGAGAUGUGGUGUGAUUGUGGUGAAGGUACAAGAACCUUCCGCAGAACUUUCUACGAUAAAAGUCGGGGACAUAAUCACUCAUGUUGAUGGUGUACCAUUCUCCAAUGCUGCAGAGCUGGGUGGCAUACUUCUGGAUAUGUGUGGUAAGCUUUGGCUGGACAGGCAGAAAUUGCACCCUUCAGAUGAUUUCAACCAGACGGCAGCAGUGAUGAGCCUUAAGUUUCGUGUGAGAACAUAUGGAGGUGGUAAAUCUGAAGUCACAACUCAAAAAAUCGACGUCAACAAGUUUACUCCCAGCGGACUAAACAGAUGGCCACUUCCCAUGCCAAUUAUUGUCCGGCAAUAUGCAAACGGUAAACUCGUCGAUGAAGAGUGGUACACGACUGGUGUUUGAAGGAAGCACUGUGUUGUUCUGCAGCAUCACCAUGGACGCUAUUUAUCUGUUUUUUUUUAUUGUGGAAUGGCUCCUAUUUCCUGAGUUACUAGCUAAAUGGCCAUGAAUACCAUCUGAAUUAAUUUAAGCUUAGUAGUAAUGGUGCCUGCUGUAGCUGACUAGAAACAAACAUGACUAUAACUAUCUCUCAGCAUGCU